UGAACACCGAUGAUUUCAGAGCCUGGAGCAUCGGUCCAUCGAUGAUUCUGCACCCCCGCAUCGCAAUGUCCUCGAACUGAACUGAUUUGGGAGUCCAGCCACAGAAUGUCCUCGAAGCAGACCCCCGCCGCGGUGGCUGCGGCCGUGGCCAGCUGCAAGUUGAAGAAGCAGCAGCGCCGCCGCCUGGCGGCCUUUGACUUCGACCACACGAUUGUCUCCCAGAACACGGACACCGUAGUUCGCGACUUGCUGCCCACGGAGGUGACUAGCGCCCGCGCCAACGAGCUGGUGGAGAACGAUUGCUGGACGGAGUACAUGGCCGAGGUUUUCCGCCUGCUGCACGAGCAACAGGUACCGGAAGCGCGGAUUCGGGACACCAUCCGAGGCAUUCCGGAGGUGCCCGGUUUCGUGCGGCUGAUCAAGCACCUGGCCAAACGCCUGCACUACGACCUGAUCAUCAUCAGCGACUCAAACAGCGUCUUCAUCGAAGAGUGGUUGCGGGCGCACAACUUGGCCGACUGCUUCGUGGCCGUCUUCACCAAUCCGGCGGAAUUCGACGCCUCUGGACGACUUUUAGUCCGGGCUCACCAUCAGCAGUCGGACUGCAAGCUGAGCGCCAGCAAUCUGUGCAAGGGCCGCGUCCUGGAGCACUUUGUCAUCGAGCAGGACUUGCGGCGCAGCAUCCGGUACGACCACGUCUUCUACGUGGGCGACGGCAACAACGACAUCUGCCCCGUGCUGCGGCAGCGGGCCUGCGACUUCGCCUGUGCCCGCAAGGGCUUCGCCAUGGAGAAGCACCUGCUGCGCAACCGCAGCAAGUUGAAGCUCCGCGCCCAGCUGCUGAUCUGGAAGAGCGGCUUCGACUUGAUGGACCAGAUGCUGGCCCUGCCACAGCUGAAGACCCCGCAGCUGCUGGAUGAUGCGGAUCCGGAUGGCGAGGCCGAGGCUACGGAACUGGCGGUUCGGCGAGCCUCGGCGGUGGCUCCCGGCUCGACCAAGUCGCCAAAUUAAGGAGGCAUUUAAGGUUUACGCAUUUGAGACCUGCACGAGUUGGUGUAGAAGAACGCGAAUUCUGUGGCGAAUGGGCCCUUAAACAGGCGAGAUGGAAUAUGGAGAGAUGUAGGUCUUUUUGGGUGAUGCUUCGAUUCUAUUCAUACGGUUCUACGAUGCCUGGAAGUACUCGUGAAGGUCUUAAAUCCACAUCCCCAUGCACAACACAAUCAUCGUUGUUCCAUCAUGUGGUCUGGUCUGUUUUUUGUUUAAUCCUCUCCCUCCCUCUAUUGCACCAACUAUGCCAAGUAUGAUAGGUGGAUCUGUGGAUCUGUGUGCCAGGACUCUAGCCCGCAGAAAACACAUUGUCUCUCAAACAGUACAAUUUCAGUGGCGUGUGCGCCAGUUCAAGGAGUCAAUUUUGAGCUGCGGCUGUUAAUGUUUAAUCCAUGUGUGUAUAUUGUAACUUGUUGUAAUUGAUUUUAUCGCAAGCUGUAUAUGAGUGUCCAUAUUAUAUGCAUUUGAAUGUGUGUUUUGCCGUUACUGCA